CAACGAGAGUGGAACAUGAGCAAACACAAAUGGGGAAAAUGGCAGAGAAAAGAAUACAAGGAGAAGAAUCCAAGUAUGGAGAAGCAUUGUCUAAGAACAAGCAUCUUUCUUCCCAGCAUUCAUUAGGGAAAUUGAACAACAAGGUUUCGCCUCCUAACAUUUCUGAUGAUGAGGGAAGAGGUACUGAUCAAAAGUGCUCUGAUGUCAAUAUCUGGUUUGUACCCAAUAAUGGGACAUGUGAAUGUGGAAGUGAUUUGAAUGAGAUUGUGUUGUGUGAUCCAGUUACCAAAGACCUAGCUAUCAUGGAUUGUUACUGCAUCACAUAUCAAUACAGUAGUGAGGGAGAACCAAUGUUCCCUGUAGUUGGAGGAUGUGUGUUCAACUGCGUCAAUCACACACGAAGUGGCUAUGCGAACAUCUACCACAGUGCACCAUCUGACUGUGCUAGUCUGAACAGACAAGGAACACUCUGUGGACAGUGUCUGGAUGGCUACACUGUGCCAGCAUAUUCCUAUGAGUUUAAAUGCAUCAGAUGUGACAGAGAACUGGAAAACUGGGGACUCUACAUAGUCUUUGCCUUUCUCCCUCUCACACUCUUCAUUGUCAUAAUUUUAGUCUUCAGGAUCAAUGUGCUUUCCCCAAAGCUCUAUAUGUAUGUCUAUGCUGCACAGUGUCUAUCAAUUCCUGCACAAGUGAAGGUGAUCCUCUAUUAUCUAUCACAGAAGAAGAGUCCUGCAUUGCAUACAGUUCCUGCAGCAAUGGUCUUAUCAAACUAUGGAAUUUGGAAUCUGGACUUUGUUCGAGUUAACGUCUUACCCGAUGUUUGUAUCGAUGUCAUUCCUCUUCACAUCCUGGUAUUGGACUAUCUUAUAGCUAUCUAUCCUAUGCUGCUAAUGGCUGCUUUAUACGCUAUGGUUGAAUUAUAUGGCUUUGAGUUUAGACCAUUGCGGUGCAUGUGGAAGCCCUUUCACUAUUUCUUUGCUCGAUUUCGUCGUCACUGGGGUAUACAGACCACCAUUAUGGAUGCCUUUGUCACAUUCUUCUUCCUCUCCACCACUAAACUGUUGAGUGUGUCAUGUGAUCUCCUAAUCAGUACAAAAGUCUAUACACGUGAAGGGAAGCCUUACUCACGAAACCUAUUCUACGAUCCAAGUAUCACAUACUUUGGCAAGGAACACCUGCCAUAUGCUCUGAUGGCUCUUGCCAUUCUCACUGUGUUUAUUGCUUUCCCAACAUCCCUUUUGCUCUGUUACCAGUGUAAGGUUUAUCGAAAGUGCCUCACUAAAUGUCAAAUACAUGGAAAUAUAGUGGAAACCUUCGUAGAGUCAUUUCAGAAGUACUACAAAGAUGGCAGCAAUGGUACAUGGGAUUGCAGGUGGUUUGCAGGGUUCUGGGUACUCUUCAAAUGUUUCUGUUACUUGAUUUAUUCAAUUUCCCUCAAUGACAUUUGUUUUGCUCUCUUAACUGUUACUUCAUUAAUUGGUGCUACAAUAGUCGUGAUUGUCCAGCCCUACAGAGAAGAGUACUCAGCGUUCAAUGUCAUCAGUGCAAACCUCUUUCUGUGGCAGGCACUGGUCUGCGCCUUUAUGUCAAGAGAGAGUUUAUCUGCAAUUGUUGCAGCAGAAUUCAAAGACCAUUUUUUCUGUGUCUUCCUUCUCUGGUUGGUUCCUUUGACCUACAUCAUUGGAAUACCACUGCACAAACUGGUGGUAAAGUUCCGACAAUGGCAGUUGCAGAAAGCCAGCUCACUCACUAGUUCACUGCCACAUCGUCUGGUCCACUCUGACCAGUACCGACAUCCACCAUCUUAACCCCCAAUGAUGCUAGUUUGUAUUGGAUCAGUUCUUAAGAAGUUAACAUAGUAGAUUGUGUACUUAUCUAAACGAUGUCUUUACAA